UUAAAAUUUCCUAGGGUUAGGGUUUAAAGCAUUUGGUCCGAAUUAACCUAAAGAACUUGCGAACACAUACACAGACACAGUGUGACAAAAAUGUCGAAGAAGAACAAUCUCACCCGUAGAAAAAAUCAGUAUGCAUUCGAUCUCAAAAGAGAGAAAGAAGAAAAGGAAAAGCUGGCCAAGAAGCUUCAAGCCAAGAAGAACAAGAUGAAAGUUGAUCGUAGCGACAAGAAAAAGAAGGGCGGAAGUGGGUUUCAAGUGGGAAAGAGAAAAGUGAAGACUAAAUUGACAGCAUUGGCAAAAGCUAAAGCUGCACAGGCAAUGGAGCUUGACAAAUGAGGUUCUAUUUGGAUAGUUUUAUGUGUAUGUGGAGAAGCUAACAAUUACGUUUUGAAAAUUAUGUUUUAUUGCUUAUUUGUUUUUUAAUCCGAUUUUCUUAUGAAAAUUAUUAUGUUCUAUAAAUUUUAUUACUUGCUGGAAGAUUUGGAUACCGUUGUAAUAUCAUGUUCUAUGCCAACUAUGUAUCCGGUCUGUAGUGUCUAAGUAACUAGAGUAUGGAUGUGGAAUUAUUUAAUUUAGUUUUAAGGAAGUUAAGAUCUUUUGAUUUGAAA